AUGUAUCGUGCAGUGAGCAGCCUUGCUUCCAGGGCUCGGUAAGCGUUGAAUGCAGAUAGUGGGAGGGGGAAUGCCGGCGACGUUUGCGGGGUCUCGCAGUGUUGAAAUCUUUGUUUUACUUCGGUUUAUUUUUCUUGGCUCCUGGAUAGCGGUCGUUCACGAAUGUACUGUUUCUUUUGGUUGACCUUUAUUGUAGGGUCGCUGGAAGCCGAGGUCAGCAGGUGAACCUCUCGGGCCCUGCUCUCUCCGUUUAGCGCAUGGAAUUGAGUCUCACACUGCCAAUGAAUUAAUCCUCUGUAUUUGAGCUUUUUUAGUUGGUCUAGCUUUUAACGUGCACAAGCCCGUUUUUUGUUUCUUAGCGUAUAGAUUGGGAGCAGACUGGCUUGGAGCAGAAAUUAUGCUGCGAAGGAGAUCAAGUUUGGAUUGGAGGCACGUGCGUUGAUGCUAAAGGGAGUAGAGGAGCUUGCAGAUGCCGUGAAAGUGACAAUGGGGCCGAAGGUUUUUUCUCAUGAGCCAUGCACCCGCCCCACCUCCAUACAUUUUAUGUAGAUUUCUCGUAUUGGUCGAUUGCGAAUUUUUUUUUUAGCCAUGUAAACUCGUCGAGAGAUGAUUUCGUUCGACUUUGGAAAUAGUACUUUUUUGGGGCCAGGACAUCAAUUGGCAUUUCUUUUACGCAAUUAUUUGGGGUGGUAUGUGACCCGCGAGGAUGCUCUUGACUUUCCCGCAUUAUUUGUUGCACGUGUGUUGCUAGAUUGCGUAUAUGCUAUCCUGCUCAUGGUUUACGUGCUGCGUCAGUAUGUCAGUGUGUAUGAUGAUGAUGUUCUUCACUCCAUAUUUGGUGAUCUUAUUUUUCCAUUGUGUCAUGACUGUCGGCAUUGUAUAGAGCUUUGAUUGUUAUGAAGAGAAUGUCACCCGUAAUAGGAACUAUAUGAUGUAGAAUGAAGUUGUUGCCGUCAAAAUGUGUUUCAUUCCCUAACACGGUCUUCUUGAGCACCAGGUAGUUUCAUGUCUUGGACCGUGUCAUUCAAUUGUGUUUUUCUUGAAUUUUCAGGGUCGCAACGUGGUAAUAGAACAGAGUUUUGGCGCACCUAAAGUAACAAAGGAUGGAGUGACUGUUGCAAAGAGUAUCGAGUUCAAAGAUCGGGUUAAGAAUAUGGGUGCAAGCCUUGUGAAGCAGGUCGCCAAUGCGACGAAUGAUGCUGCUGGUGAUGGUAUGUCCCUUAACUCAGGGUUUUGUACAAUGUAUCACAUUCCUGUCUCAUGUUGCGGUUACUCCAGGUAUCUCACACUCCGCCCAUUUUGUUUUACGCUGCUUGUCCAGAUGUUUUUUUCUUUGGGGUUGUUGAUGCCGUUUGACUCUGUCUAUUAUGAUCGCAAUCAGUGUAAUACUCAGCCAACCCAGUAUUAUUGCAAUAGAGAUUUGAUCAGAUGUCUUGUUUAAUGUUGGGUUUGUUAUUUUAUAAUAAAUGUUGUUUUAACCGUUGGUCAUAUUUGUUUGGGUGUAUGAAGGUACCACUUGCGCCACCGUCCUUACUCGGGCUAUUUUUGCCGAAGGGUAUAAGUCAGUGGCUGCUGGGAUGAACGCAAUGGAUCUAAGACGUGGAAUCACGAUGGCAGUUGAUGCAGUCAUUACUAACUUAAAGAGUAGGGCUCGAAUGAUUAGCACCUCUGAGGAGAUUGCACAGGUUUUAUUUUUUUCAAUCAUAAUUGUGAAAUAUCAGUCCCUAUUCAUCAUAAUGUUAAUUUGGGGCAUAUUUGCCUUUGGAUUGUUUAGUGCUUGUUUUCCCGAAAUUAUGUUCUAAUUGAUUCUCUAAAACACGUUGUUCCCAACAGGUUGGGACGAUCUCUGCUAAUGGAGAGAGAGAGAUAGGUGAGCUCAUUGCCAAAGCCAUGGAAAAAGUUGGCAAGGAAGGGGUUAUCACAGUUGCGGUACGUGCUUGAUUUUUGGAAUGUCUGUCAGGAUCAUUUCUCAUUCUUUAUAAUGAGCAGAUGUCGACAGAGUGGUUGUAAUGUUCGUUCCUAUUUUGGUAUUUCGUUUCCUUUAAGUUUGUUUGCCAAGCUCUAGUGCUGUUUUCCUAUUAGGAUCUUGCUAAUAUUUGUAAUGCAGGAUGGCAAAACUCUUGACAAUGAAUUGGAAGUUGUUGAGGGAAUGAAGCUGGACAGAGGUUUUAUAUCUCCAUACUUCAUUACUGACCAAAAGAACCAGAAAUGUGUAAGUGCUUAUUUUUCUUGACGAAGCAGGAUGGCUUUCAUGGCACAAUCCAACUGUCUUUUUUCUUCUGACAGGAACUCGAGGAUCCACUUAUUUUGAUACAUGAGAAAAAAAUUUCUAGCAUUAAUGCAGUUGUGAAGGUUUUGGAGCUGGCCCUAAAGGUGAAUUAAUUCUUUUUCUCCGUUUUCCCUUAAAGUCCCAGCAAAGGCAUACCAUUUACUCUGUUGUUCUUCUGUACGUUGAAACGCUUAAUGUUUAUCAUUUUUUAAUUUAGAAACAAAGGCCUCUGUUGAUCAUUGCUGAAGAUGUGGAGAGCGACGCCCUGGCGACUUUAAUCCUUAACAAGCUUCGUGCAGGGAUUAAGGUUGGGGCUUUUCGUGAUACAUUCUCUUUUGUGGUAUUAACUGUUAACGUCUUUUUUAACAGCGGAGUAUUUCCUCAGGUCUGUGCCAUUAAAGCUCCUGGUUUUGGAGAGAACCGGAAAGCCAACCUUCAGGAUCUUGCUAUUCUAACCGGAGGAGAUGUACGUUUUUAUUCAUAUUUGCAUUUCUUUUGAGAAGAAUUUCCUUGACACAUUUCAUAUUGCUAAUUAUAAUGUCAAUUGCAGGUUAUAACAGAAGAGCUUGGUAUGAAUCUUGAGAAGGUGGAGCUGGGUAUGCUUGGUACAUGCAGAAAGGCAAGUUACUAUCUGCUCCCUAUACUCUACAUACAUUUUCCGUUUUUUUUCACUUCCUGUUCCCUGGCGUCCACAUUGUGAGAACACAUUACUUUUUUAAGGAUUGGCCUUAUUCCAGAUAUGGCCAUCAAUGCAUACAUCAUGAUGUCUUUCCCUAAUGACCCUAUAAGUAUAACAGUAGGUUCUGGUCUUUGAUCAUCAUUACACUUUCAAUGCUGUUAAUGGAAUUUUCCAUCCCUCGUGUUUCUAAUUUUAAUAUUUUCUCCAUUGUAGACGGAUAAUAUUUUUUAUUUUAUUGUAACGUCACAAACGGAGUCGUGCAGGUUUUUAAUUUGCGUUUUUGCUAUAUUUCAUCAUACAUGUUUGUUUCUUAUCGUUAUCUCCUACAGGUAACCAUUUCUAAAGAUGAUACUGUGGUUCUUGAUGGCGCUGGUGACAAGAAAGCUAUUGAAGAGAGAUGCGAACUGGUUCGUGCAUUCUUUCCACAUUUCACUUUUGUAGAUUUCCUAGAAGGUUGUACUCCAUGAAUUAUGUGGUGGUGGUCUAUUUCUAUUAACUAAACCAGAAGUCGAACCAGUUAUAAUUGUGUUCUAGUUUUUUAAUUGUCUGACAAAGACUCGGGCUGCGUAAUUAUCGCAGAAAGCAUGUGGGGCUUUCAUUUCAGCCGCUCGUUAUUUUUGUUCGUUAUUGGAAAACCCAGAAGUUGCCGCCACAUGAUAUGCACUUUCGAUUUCUUGCAGCUAAGAUCGUCUAUUGAGAUUAGUACAUCAGAUUAUGACAAAGAGAAGCUCCAAGAAAGAUUAGCAAAGCUUUCUGGUGGUGUUGCUGUUCUGAAGGUAUUGGUUUAUCCGUAUUUCAUGCAUCUGAAAUGUUACGGCAGAGGAUGGCUUGCUUAUUGUGCCCUUGAUUGGUUUUUGAUAAAAAUCAUAAAAGAUAAAGUCGUUGCAUGUCUUACUAAGCAUUAAAGUUGCAUUAAGGUUGCUUUCUAAGCAUUAUACAUGGGGACGUUGCACGGUUGGAUUAAUGUUGCACCAUUUUCGUCAAACAACUUUUGGAUGCCCUUGUACCUUUUUCCAUCUUGGAAAAUAAUGAAAAAUGGGCUUCGUUGCCUGCAUUUUAGAAAGUAAUCGCUGGGAAGACAUGUUGCCAAAUUUGUGAAGGCUGAUCUGUCUGCUCUGUAGAGAUUGUCUUUCUAUAGAAAUCGUGCCUUGCAUGUGAAUGUCUCUUUAAGUCCUCUUUCCAAAGUUGUGAAUGGUGAUUUGUUCUGCUCAGUAGAAUUUGCUUUCAACUUAUGGGUUCAAAAUGCCAGAUCGGAGGAGCCAGCGAAGCCGAAGUAGGCGAGAAGAAAGACAGAGUGAAUGACGCUCUGAAUGCAACCAAGGCGGCCGUCGAAGAGGGAAUUGUGCCGGGUAAUACUGAAUCAUCCUGUUCUGUAUUAACUUGGGCACUUAGUUUUUUCUUUAGAAGAUUGAAAAAUACGGCGUCUGCAGGUGGUGGCGUUGCACUCCUCUAUGCAUCGCAAGAGCUUGAAAAGCUGAAAACCGCGAACUUUGACCAGAAAAUCGGAGUUCAAAUCAUCCAGAAUGCUUUGCAGGUUAGAAUCAUCUUGAGCACUAUCAAUCAGUAACUAGCAAUCGACUCUUAAUUUUUAUAUUUCUUCAGAAUGGUUUGGAUGGGCUUCUCUGUGUGUGGUGGGUGGAGCAAUCUCUUGUUCUAUCAUCUGUUCUGUGCCUGACGAGGAGUUUACCCUCUCUAAACGCAGACGCCGGUCCACACGAUAGCUUCCAACGCUGGAGUCGAGGGAGCUGUCAUCGUCGGCAAGCUUUUGGAGCAGGAUAACCCCGACCUUGGAUACGAUGCAGCUAAAGGUCAGUCGUCGGCACCUCCCACUCUACAGUCUACAGGCGUCGGUCAUGGAUUAGAUAAACUGGAGACAUUAACUCUCUUUUUUCUACUCUCUCUCUCUCUCUCUCUCUCUCUCUCUCUGGGGUACAGGUGAAUAUGUAGACAUGGUCAAGGCUGGCAUUAUUGACCCAUUGAAAGUGAUCAGAACUGCCUUGGUGGAUGCAGCGAGGUAAACGUGUCUUCCAGUUAUAUAUCCAGUUUAUUUUCUGCGUGGAAGACCGUCGUCAAGCUCAAAAUCUCUUCUUGUUGGGCAGUGUUUCUUCGUUGAUGACGACGACAGAGGCUGUGGUUGUUGAGCUACCCAGAGAAGAGAAGGAUGCUCCGGCGAUGGGCGGCGGCAUGGGCGGCGGCAUGGAUUACUGA